AUGGAUCAUUUUACAUUUGAUUAUUUUGAAACGAUUCUUGGUAGCGAUAUUUUAAUGUCAAUUUCACACGAAAUAAUGAAUAUCAAAGAACUAGAACGACAUAAUAAUGAAAUAAAUGCUAAACUUGAGGAAGCUAAACAAGAAUCCUCGAAUUUUAGCUCAAGUCUUGUGCGUAGAAUUCAACAAUUAGAAAAUGAAUUAUCACGAGUGAAAGAUAUGAAUCAAGCAUUAAUAGAAGAAAACGAAAAGAUAUUAAAAGGUGCAUUUAUGUUGAAUCCUAUCAUGCAGCGAAAUGAAUCAUACACAGAAAAAAAACAUACAGACACCGUUGAAAAGGUUACGAAUGGUUAUGAGAGUUCUUCCCCAAAAGAUGAUGAUAUCGCUAAAAUUGAAAACUCGAUUGCAACAGACUUGACUGAAGAGUUUGAUCGUACAUCUUUAUUAAAUACUUUCGAGCGUGUUCAUAAAGAGAGUGACCAUUCUAUCAUUGAAAAAUUGCAAGAUACAAUUAAGUCACUUAAUGACGCCAAUAAGGGUUUGAGACUUUAUAUCGAAAAGAUUCUUGAUCGUAUUAUGGAAGCUCAAGGUUUCGAAGAAAUUUUAUCUUCGGCGCCAGAAUGGAAAAAUCAAUCAGUAUCCAAUCCUGUAUCAUCUACUACAGCGUCAUUUAGUUUCAAUAAUGACCCAAGUCAGGAAAACAAAACUAAGAAAAUUGAAAGACGUAUGUCCUGGUCUGGAUAUCAACCUCAAAAUAUUUUUACAUCAGACGAUAAAAUAUUUGUGGAAGAGCCUAGUCAGAUUCAUCCUUUACCAAGUAAAAGAGUAUCUAAUGUAGAUACUGUUACUCUUUGUGAUGUGCCAAAACGUGCACUACAUGGAAAUUCUACAUUUA